AUGGCAUCAUCAUCUAAACUUCAUAUUGACAUUUCCGUCACUCCCACUUUCUCAACUUCACUUGAACACCUGCCAUUACCUCCACCGGGUGUAAAUAGGUUGGUUCAAGAUGUGAUCAGUGAUUGGGUUAUUGCCCAGCCUGAUGCUCAGGCUAUUGUCUCAGCAACUAUCAAUCUCAAUUACCAAGAACUAGAUGAGAGCUCCGCACGAUUGGCUGCGCAGAUUGCAUCUUCUGGAACAAUUCCGGGCUCAAUUGUGCCAAUCAUCCAUGAGAAAUCUGCCAUCACUAUAGUUGCCAUGCUUGCAAUUUUAAAAGCUGGAUGUGCUUUCACUGCGCUAGACGUAUCUCAUCCAAUGCAGAGGCUGCUGGAGAUUAUCGAGGACACCAAUGCCCCCAUUAUACUAUUGUCUGCAAAGCAGGCUCUCCGAUUCAAUGGCAUUGUUGGAGUUCCAAUCCUCGAAUUGUCUAACGAUAUUCUAUCUGGUUUGAGUACCGCUGCCAAGCCACCCACACCUCCGGCUGAUGUCCUGCCACAUAAUCUGAUGUACACCAUCUUCACAUCAGGCAGUACAUGCCGUCCAAAGGGUGUCAUGAUAGAGCAUGGAGCUUGGCUAACGAGCGCUCUCGCUUAUGGCGCCGACCAAGAGCUCAAUCCUAGCUCGAGAGUUUUACAAUUUGCGUCAUAUGCCUUUGAUAUGUCCCUAAUGGAGAUAUUCACCACUCUCAUCUUCGGAGGCUGCAUCUGCGUGCCAGCAGAGGAAGACCGUUAUGGCAGAAUACAAGAUUUUGUCAACAAGUCAGGCGUCAACACCCUGAUGCUGACGCCCUCUUACGCCAAGUUGCUGGAUCCCACCACGAUGCCUGCUGUCAACAUGCUGAUUACCGGAGGCGAGGCUGUCCCGAGUGAUCUAAUUGAGCUGUGGAAUCCGCAUGUCAAAGUCUACAUUGCUUAUGGGCCGACAGAAGCCUCUAUACAAUCCGCUGGUGCAAAGCUCGACAUCGGGACCACUGCAGUCCCGUCAGGACUUAUAGGACGCCCUACUGGCUGCAAUCUGUGGGUUGUCAAGGAGGAUAAUCACAAUGAGUUUGUUCCCCAGGGCGAGACCGGGGAACUGGUCAUCGAAGGAAACUCCCUCGCACGGGGUUACUUGGGUGAUCAAGCCAAAACCGCGGCCUCUUUUGUGAGCAUGUCCAUUGGCCUAGAUACCAGGCGUGUUUUCAAGACGGGUGAUUUGGUUCGCCAGACUGAGGGUGGUGAUAUCGUCUUUGUUGGCCGCAAGGACACCCAGAUCAAGAUGCAAGGCCAACGCUUCGAGCUAGCUGAGAUUGAAGCAAGAUUGGCCCAAACUCUACCUGUGGGAUCCAAGUUUUGCGUUGAGAAGACCGAUUAUCCCCACUUCCACAAUGGAGGUGUUAUUGUGGCCUUCCUCAGCGACUCGGUAAAAGUGUCUGGAAGUGAGAAGCCAGAGAUUAGCUGGAGUCAAGUCGGGACGACCUUGGAAAGGUCCCUGGAAAUCAUGACGAAUCUGGAAACAGUAAUCCCGAAGCCAAUGAUUCCAUCCCUAUAUUUACCAGUCUCGUUCAUCCCUCUAACCACGUCUCACAAGACAAACCGCACCGCCUUACGAGAGUUGAUUACAUCUCUGAGCUCUAUUGCUGUACAGAGACUCCGAAGGCCAAACAGGCCUGAAGGCGAAUCCAGAGCUCUAUCAGCUGAGGAGUCAACUCUGCGAGAUCUAUGGGCGUUCGCUCUGAACUUGAAUCCAGAAAGCAUUAGGCCAGAUGAUCACUUUAUUCAACUUGGAGGCGAUUCAGUUACCUGCAUCAAACUGAUUGCGGCUGCUCGCAGUCGCGGAGUUACGCUGACAUCAGCCACUGUCCUUUCAAAUCCAAUCCUGUGCGACCAAGCUCGACUCGCAUUCAGCUCCGUUGCUGGAAACCUCGAAGAGGAUAUCCCUCCAUUUGGGUUGCUAGGGAGUCGCUCUCAAGAACUCCGCGCAACGGCUGCUGCCAUUUGCAGACUGCCAGUUGAGGAAGUAGAAGAUGUCCUGCCCAUGUCAAUCAGUCAGAUGAGGUGGUAUGGAAAGACCUUAGUGAAGCCAGGCGCAUGGAUCGACCAGUACCACUUUCAGCUCCCCAACGACGUAGAUAUUGUGAAACUCCGUUCGGCUCUCAAUUCCGUCGUGGAAGCUACCGAUCUCUUACGAGCAAGGGUUCUUGCCACCAGAGAUAAGAAGCUUUUUCAGGCUAUCAUCAAGUUUCAUCCAGUUCAAGUCAUCGAUGCCAGUGAUACCUUGGAAGAGUAUCUGAGCCGGGAUCUUGAAACUCCCAUGGGCCUCGGUAUGCCAUUGGCUCGUUUCGCUCUCCUUCACCACGCAAACUCUAGCAAGGUGUUUGUCUGGACGAUUCAUCAUGCCAUCUAUGACGGUUACUCUCUGCCAAUGCUUCUUCAGACCAUUCAAGAUUUCUACCACGGCCUCAAACCAGUUCCGUUUACUCCAUUCAACCGUUAUCUCAAAGGUCCUGAGGAGAAGGACUUGGUGGAAGGAGAGGCAUUUUGGAAAAACUAUCUAUUACAGGCGUCUUGGACCAAGUUUCCCGUCUUACCACCUCCCGAGGAAACGUCCCCUCCGCAGAUGGGCAGACUCUUGAGGACCUUGAAAGUCGUCUCGAGACAAGGGCAAUAUGGUAACUCCGAGAGCGCACAGUCCGCCACCAUGGCAAAUGUGAUCCGCGUUGCAUAUGCUGCAGCACUCUCACAUUAUGCGGCAGAUCGUCCCCGCUCUGUCCUUUUCCUAGAGUCUCUCGGUGGUCGGAACUCAAGCCUGGUGGGCAUUGAUCGCGUCGCCGGACCGACCCUCCUUACCAUCCCUACGAGGUUGGAAUUACCAGGUGCCCGGUCAUGCAGAGAUGUUAUACUUGAGGCACAGACAUCACUCAUUGACCGAAUGAAGUUUGAGAGCUUCCCCUUGCCCCGUCUCCUGCCCCUUGCGCCAGCCCUGGAGCUGCGUAAUGUUCUCAUGAUAGAGAACGAGGCGUUUCUGAUCAACGGGGACGGAAAUGACCUAUUUGGUAGUGGAAAAGAGGAGCUGAAGCUAGAAGAAACUGAGGGCUUGCCAAUGAUAUUUCGCUGCACUGUUCUUCAGGGCCAGUUGGAUGUCGACAUAAGAUACGACAGCGCCAUCAUUCCUCACGGGGAGGUUGAGGCUUUCUUGGGAACUUUUGAAAGAGUAUUUGAAGAGUUAUGGCAUGGCGAUGGAGCUAGACCUUUUGAUGUUGUUGCUUCAUCCUGGAUUAUAAGAUAG